GGAUACCGUCGACUUCACUCUUUACAAAUGUAGGAGAAACGAAGCCUGACACGCAACGCUCAUUUCGUCCAGCCAAAUCUAACUAAAUCCAGCUUUCACCCCGUGAAAACAGGAGUCAUUUGACCGCGGUCGCAAAGUGCUGAAUCUAGAGACUCCAAAAUGGGCGAAAGAUACAACAUCCACAGCCAGCUGGAGCAUCUCCAGUCCAAAUACAUCGGCACCGGUCACGCGGACACGACGAAGUGGGAAUGGAUGGUGAACCAGCACCGGGAUUCCAUCUGCAGCUACCUCGGCCACUACGACAUGCUGAACUACUUCGGCGUGGUGGAGAACGAGAGCAAGGCGCGGGUCAGGUUCAACCUGCUGGAGAAGAUGCUUCAGCCCUGCGGACCACCGACGGAGAAACCCGCUGACGAACAAUGAUGAACUCAAAAAACAAUGAAACAAUAAACAUUUUGUGGGACAUUUUGUUUUGCUGCACAAAAUGAUAUUGUGUUUGCCACUUGAUCAUGUUGAUCAUGUUGAUAAAUUGCAGACUUGAAUUUUUAACCAAGUCAUCACCAUGGCCAUGAUGGCUGGUGUGCAAGUCGGCUAAAAGGGACUCGGGAGAUUUAUGACUUUCCAAAGGACCUUUUCUGGCAUUGAGCUACACAAUCGUGCUUGUGUGUCAUGCAUACCUUUCUUCAAACUCCGUAUACGUCAUUUUCUAACCAAUAAUAACUUGGAGCAGAUAUGAUGUAAUUAGGGGGCUGUGCAUUUACAUUCUGUUAAUGUUGACAGAGAGUUGCACAUGAAACCCUUUCAUCAGCUGUUGAUCUUCUCAUCGUUGGAGCUCAGAGAGGUCUGGAGAAACCUUGAGAAGCAAGAGGAGACGGGAGGAGCUACAAUUUCCAGCAUCAAGAUUGAUGCUGGAAAUGUGCAUCUCACCUACAUGUACACCGUACUGAACACACACAGCAUGCCAUAUCCAUCUGGCAGACUGCGGCAUGACAAGUGAAAUGGCGCUGCAUCCCUAUGUGGCUUUUGUCAAGGCUUCUCGGGACUUUUGACCGUCUCUUUUAAUUUCCAUGACCCUGAUCAUCUGGAGACUGUUCACUUUUUUUUCUUUUUUUUUAAAGUGUGUCAUGUUGUCAAAAAUAAUCAAUAGAUUAUAAAGUUGUGGCUUUGUCAGCGCAAGAUAUACUUCAAAUUAUUGAAAGUUAAAUCUUUGUUAUCCUUCUACUGCAUAAAUCAACAUUGACUUUUGUCUUUCCCAAUGUAUAAGUAAAACACUCCCAUGUACAAAAUAAAGUGAAAGGUGCAUUUUAUUCAGCGUGUUUACACUGUCCAGUUUAUAUUCCGCAACUCUUCGAAGGUUCAAUGAAGGCUUGCAACAUAAACUAAAAAAGUCAUGAAAAAAAUCAUACAGAUGAAUUCAGAAUGCAUUGCCCCACAAGCCCUUCUAUGUCACUUAACAUUAUUUUAAUCUUUUCUUAGUUGAAGUUUGAUAAUAAAAAGUGUUUGGAAAUUGGAGCUGA